AUAGCUUUUAAAUUAAGCAGUAUAGAUGUCAGUAGUGAAGAAGAGCCUUCUUUUUAGGCCAUUAGCUUCCUCGAAUGGCGUAAGGAAACCAACUCCUAACAAAAGUGCUCUCUCCGCUUCCCAGGCAUAUUUAUGAUCCAUCCGUCCGGACACAGAAAAUAGUGGGAAAAAAUUCCGACUGAAAUGACCGGAAACGUUGUCGGCGAGUCAUCGAUGAUACGAGGGUGAGCCUGUGAGGGAGAUGGGCGGAGGAGUAGGAGGUGGAGGGGCUAUAGUCGAUGGCUUUCGCCGCUGGUUCCAACGUCGCUCCUCUCGUUUCAAUCAUAACAAUAACAAUAACAAUGAUAAUAAUAAAUAUACUGAAAAGAUUCAAAACACCAGAAACGACCAAGUUUUGCUCAGCGAUGACGGCGUAGACUCCACAAGUGAGGAAGUAGGACAACAUCAAGAAGAUCGGGUGCGGUUGAAGCUCAUCAAAGUCCCCAAGCGAACCAAUCACAGACUGACAUCCAUGGAUUCUCACAGGAAGAGCAUGCUUGACAAAGAAUUCUUCACAGAAUAUGGUGAGGCAACUCAAUAUGAAAUCCAAGAGGUAGUUGGCAAAGGAAGCUAUGGCGUUGUUGCAUCUGCAGUUAAUACUCACACUGGAGAGAGGGUAGCUAUAAAGAAGAUCAAUGAUGUUUUUGAAAAUGUUUCCGAUGCCACCCGCAUUCUAAGAGAAAUUAAGCUCCUUCGGCUGCUUAGGCAUCCUGAUAUUGUACAAAUAAAGCAUAUAAUGCUUCCUCCAUCUCGAAGAGAAUUUAAAGAUAUUUAUGUUGUUUUUGAGUUGAUGGAAUCUGACCUUCACCAAGUAAUUAAGGCAAAUGAUGAUCUCACGCCCGAGCAUUAUCAAUUUUUCUUAUACCAGCUUCUUCGAGCUCUAAAAUAUAUACAUACAGCAAAUGUGUUUCAUAGAGAUUUAAAGCCAAAAAACAUCCUUGCUAAUGCAGACUGCAAACUGAAGAUUUGUGAUUUUGGGCUUGCUCGCGUGUCAUUUAAUGAUACCCCAUCAACUAUCUUUUGGACUGAUUACGUGGCAACUAGAUGGUAUCGUGCUCCUGAACUCUGUGGUUGCUUUUUCUCCAAAUACACCCCUGCUAUUGAUAUUUGGAGCAUAGGAUGUAUAUUUGCGGAAAUGCUUACUGGAAAGCCCUUGUUUCCUGGUAAAAAUGUGGUCCAGCAAUUGGAUCUGAUGACUGAUUUGCUUGGCACCCCUUCUUAUGAAUCUAUUGCGAGGAUUCGAAAUGAAAAGGCUAAAAGAUAUCUGAAUAACAUGAGAAAAAAAUCACCAAUUCCUUUCUCGCAGAAAUUCCCCAAUGCAGAUCCAUUGGCUGUUCGCUUGCUGGAGCGUUUGCUUGCAUUUGAUCCUAAAAAUCGACCAUCUGCUGAAGAGGCAUUAGCUGAUCCAUAUUUUCAUGGUUUAGCAAAUGCAGACUAUGAGCCAUGCACACAACCCAUUUCAAAAUUUUUGUUUGAAUUUGAGAGGAGGAGAAUGACAAAAGAAGAUGUCAGAGAGCUAAUUUAUAGAGAGAUUUUAGAAUAUCACCCACAGAUGUUGCAGGAGUAUCUUCAGGGCACUGAUUUGACUAGCUUCAUGUAUCCAAGUGGAGUUGAUCGAUUUAAGCAACAAUUUGCCCAUCUUGAGGAACAUCAUGGUAAAGGUGAAAGAACUGCGCCACGCCUGAGGCAGCAUGCCUCCUUGCCUAGGGAGCGGGUCUGUGCUCCCAUAGAUGACCCUGUUAGCCAAACUAAUGAUUUUGAAAAGCGUACUGCUGCUUCUGUUGGUCGCACAACACUUCAGAGCCCUCCAAGGUUUCAGGCAAUCAAUGUAUCAGAAUCUGCAAACAAGAAGGUAACCACCAUGCAGAAUGGGGCUAAUAAACCAAACUAUAGUGCUUGUAGCUUGAUGAAGAGUCCCAGCAUUAGUGCUUCUAAGUGCAUGGAGGUAAAAGAAAGAGACUGUGAGGAUGAAGCAAUUCCAGAGCAGAAUGCAGAGGCAGCUGAAAGGUUAUCACAAAAGUUACUAUUUCAUUGGGGCUCAUAAAAUACAUAUGGGAAGAGACGCAUCUAUUGAAGGGGAAACAGUUGAAGUGAGAAGGAUUACUGAUCACUGGUAUGAUUCAUACAACACUGGACAGCUACAAAGCCAUUAUAUUUAGCAUUUAAUAUCUAUUAAUCCUGAAUGCAAGAUUCUUGUUUGCUGUUCCAAACUUCCAUAGCCUUAUUAUCAGUGCACUUGAACUAAUUACCUUGUCGUUUUAACCAUAUAACUUGUACAUUUACUGUCUAAAGAAUAUGGUAUCAUAGUGUGACUUUUGUGCUCGGUUUUGGGAUCA